AUGGGAAACCAAUUUGGAUCAAAUUAUACAGAUUCAGAAGAGUCUAGUUCGCCUGAUCGAAUUGUUGAUGAUAUUCUAACUCCCUCAACAAGUAAGGAAUGUGGUAGUAGAAAAAGGAAGGCAAAUGAAUCGCCAACAAAUUCGGCAGAAGGAGGAACACAGAAAAAGAUAAGUAAAUUGGACACGGCAAAAUAUGUUUAUGAGAGGUUGUUUCAACAAGGAGAAGGUUCGGAUAUCACAAUUCAUGCAGUUGGAAGAGUUUGGAAUCUACAUAAAUUAUAUCUUCAACAAUGCACUUAUUUUGAAGCAUUGUUAAAUGGAAAUUGGAAAGAAUCAAAUGAUAAUGCAAUUCAUAUUGAAAUAAAUGAUGAAAAUGUUACCGAAGAAGGUUUGGAAGCUGUUCUCGCAUCUUUAUAUCAUAAUGAAAUUGAGAUUGAUUUGGAGAAAAUUGAGGGAACUUUAGCGGCAGCGAUUUUAUUAGGAUUGGAUAGUGUUGUAAAUCGAUGUGAAGAGGCAAUGAUUGAAAAUUUGGCACAUAAUAAUGUUUUGAGGUUUCAUGAUAUUUCGGAGAGAUAUGGAUUGAUUCAAGUGCAGAAAAUGGCACUUUUCAGUUUGAAAAUGUUAUUCUGGAAGUUUAUGAAAAGUCGCGAAAUGUUGAGAGAUCUUAGUGAAAGUCUUUUUAAUCGAUUAUUAAGUUCGUCGGAACUUUUUGUUGUUGAAGGAGAAAUGGAUUUAUAUCGCAUGGUUAGAGCUGUAAGUUUCUUUUUUUUUUUGAGCUGAGACACGCUCCAGCUAAGUUUAGGUCAAAUUUCCAAAUGUUUUACCCUAACCUUUCUAACCUUAAAAUCCAAAUAAAAAUCUAGGCUAUUUUUGCGACCUCAGCCCAUUUUUUUCUCAAAAAAAAUGCAAUAUUUCAGUGGAUCUUCAUACACGAAAACCCAUCAAGAAUCGAUUUAUUCGACAUGGAAGAAACCGAAUUCGACAAAAAAGCUUCAGAAUUCUCAAGAAGUGUAGCAGAACAUGAUCUAUUUCUGAAAUAUGCCUCACUUUUUAGCCCUCUUCGAAUCCAUCAUUUUCUAACAUCAAUCGCAAGUAUUCGACUGAUUGAAAAUGAUAAUUUGAUACCGAAAGAAGUCAUCUCAGCAGUUUCAGUCGAUCAAUGGAGAGCACUUUUAAGAAAUGAGGAAAAUCCCGCGCUGAUCAAUGAUUUGACAGAGGAUAAUUUUAAUUUGAAUGCGUUGAGACUUGGAAGAGUUAUUGAUUCAUUUCCGAAAUGUUGGAGAUGGACUGGCUUCAAUUUUGGAGUUGAUAUUUUAUUGCAUAUGACAAGCUAGUGAGUUUUAAGGGCAAAGAGAGAUAAUGGAAAAUCUGGAAAAUUUCAGUUCGCUUACAAUGAAAAGGAACUGCUUGAACCAAUCUACACCGUAUUCAAUAAAUUUGAAAUCUGAAAGGAAAAUUCAUUAUAGGUGAGUGUUUUUAGAGAGAAACCCCAAAAAAAAAAACUUUUUAAAACAUUUUUAAGGGUUCUUCGAAAAAUGUCUCAUGCAGACCAAUAUUUCAUUAUUAUUUCAAUCAAUAAAAAAGAUUAGGUUCCCAUCUUCCAGUCUUCUUAUAAUGAGCAUAAACUUGAGCAUUUUUUCUAUCACUCGCUUCUCGAAUCGGACAUUUUCUAGCCGAAACUCCAGAUAUUAAAAGAAAACUGACCAAAAUAUAGAACAAUUUCAUUUUUGUUUGAUUUUUUGAUAUUUACCGGGGUUCUUUUAUACAAACGUUGUGAGAAAAACUGAAUUCCAGAAAUUUUUGAGUGGGAAAAUGUCUAGGAUUUUGUACGUUUCAAAUCUCAUCGACCAAAAUUCAAAGUCAAACUCUUUUGUUUUUCAGAAUGAUGAUAGCCGACGGAAAUGGCAAAUGUUUCUAUGAUAGUCAGAAAAAAGAUGUAUCCCUCCGACCAGAUCAAGCAAUUGUUAUUACUCGAAUUCCAGACAAUGUUACCCUCCCAAUUUCAGUUCAUUUUCAAUAUUUGGCUGCUGAUCCACCACAACCUUCGUUGAUUUUUGUAAAUGAUUUUGUAAAAAGACACCAGACACAAUAA